GCGUAAUGUCUCUGAACGUUGACAGGAAUUAAUGCCGGGAGGUGUAAAUUCCCCUGUACGUGCUUUCAAAUCAGUUGGUGGUCAGCCUAUUGUGAUUGAUUCUGUCAAGGGCUCUCACAUGUGGGAUAUUGAUGGUAAUGAGUACAUUGACUACGUUGGAUCAUGGGGGCCAGCCAUUAUUGGUCAUGCAGAUGAUGAGGUACUUGCUGCCUUGGCUGAAACAAUGAAGAAAGGAACCAGCUUCGGCGCUCCUUGCCUGCUUGAAAAUGUCCUGGCAGAAAUGGUGAUUUCUGCUGUUCCAAGUAUUGAAAUGGUUCGAUUUGUCAAUUCUGGCACAGAAGCAUGCAUGGGUGUACUGCGGUUGGCUCGUGCAUUCACUGGGCGUGAAAAGAUCAUCAAGUUUGAAGGUUGCUACCAUGGGCAUGCUGAUCCUUUCCUUGUAAAGGCAGGAAGUGGGGUCGCUACACUAGGACUCCCUGAUUCCCCUGGUGUUCCCAAGGCAGCUACCUAUGAGACAUUGACAUCCCCUUAUAAUGACAUCUCGACUGUUGAAAGCCUUUUCGAGGCAAAUAAAGGAGAAAUUGCAGCUGUUAUCCUUGAACCUGUUGUAGGAAAUGCUGGCUUUAUUCCACCACAACCUGAUUUUCUCAAUGCCCUGCGCAGGAUCACCAAAGAUGAUGGUGCUCUCCUUAUUUUUGACGAAGUUAUGACUGGGUUUCGUUUAUCCUAUGGUGGUGCUCAGGAAUAUUUCGGCAUAACUCCUGAUUUGACAACACUUGGAAAGAUCAUUGGUGGUGGUCUGCCAGUUGGUGCAUACGGAGGAAGGAGGGAGAUAAUGGAGAUGGUUGCUCCAGCAGGGCCAAUGUAUCAGGCUGGUACACUAAGUGGAAACCCAUUGGCAAUGACUGCCGGAAUCCACACACUUAAGAGACUAAAAGAACCAAGCACGUACGACUACUUGGACAAGAUUACCGGUCAACUUAUUCAGGGCAUUCUGGAUGCUGGAAAGAAGGCCGGUCAUGCAAUUUCUGGUGGGUACAUAAAUGGAAUGUUUGGUUUCUUUUUCACUGAUGGCCCCGUUUACAAUUUUGGUGACGCGAAGAAGAGUGACACCGCAAAAUUCGCAAAGUUCUACAGAGGAAUGCUGGAAGAAGGCGUCUAUUUUGCACCUUCUCAAUUUGAGGCUGGUUUUACUAGCUUGGCACACACUCCUGAGGACAUUCAACAGACAAUAGCAGCGGCUGAGAAGGUUUUCCGGACACUUUAAUCCUUUGGCUUUCCAUUGCUUAUGACAUGCUUGUCCUUUUUGUAGCCUACAUAUUAUCUAGAAUUUUGUUCCAUUAAGAGUAGCUUUCAACUUGAGAAAUUUCUGACUGUAGAUCACUUGUAACACGUUCAGCCGACAAGCAUUCCCUGUUAUCUAUUCGAAACUCAUUUUACUGUUUGUCCUCCUCAA